UAGCUUUACACUUCCUGUUAGCUUUGCAAGAUAGGGGACGAAGGGUUGAGAAAAAAUAUACCGGUGUAUUAAUGUAAAGUCAGUCUACUACUGCUCAGGAACGUGCUAUUCUGGAGUCCCCAAGGACCCUAUUUAGGAGACGAAAAUGAUCCGCUUUAUCCUCAUUCAGAACCGAGCAGGGAAGACACGAUUGGCCAAAUGGUAUAUGCAGUUUGAUGAUGAUGAAAAACAGAAGUUGAUAGAGGAAGUUCAUGCAGUGGUCACUGUCAGGGAUGCCAAGCACACCAACUUUGUGGAGUUUAGGAACUUCAAGAUCAUUUACAGGCGUUACGCUGGUCUGUACUUCUGUAUUUGUGUGGAUGUGACUGAUAAUAACCUGGCAUACCUCGAGGGAAUCCACAACUUUGUAGAGGUGCUGAAUGAGUAUUUUCACAAUGUCUGUGAAUUGGACCUUGUGUUCAACUUCUACAAGGUGUACACGGUGGUGGACGAGAUGUUCCUAGCAGGAGAGAUCAGGGAGACCAGUCAGACCAAGGUCCUCAAGCAGCUCCUCAUGCUCCAGUCUCUUGAGUAGAAAAUUGACAUCAUUGAUCCUUCCUGCCUACUUAUCUACUGCCCUGGCACCCAAACCAACCUUCUCCUUGUUUCUAACACUCUGGAAAGAACCCAGUUAUUUUUCUGCCUCUUCAGAGCCAAUUUUUUUUUCACAGAAUUUCAACAGGGGAGGCUGUUUAGAAGAAAAAUGCUGUUUACAUAUUGAUAUUUUAGUUAAGCUAACCUGUUUACUUUAGUCGUCUAUAUGUUGCGAAAUCUUGUACCUGUUCUGCUGUGGAAACCAUCUAGCCAGCACAGUACAUUUCAACAUGUCAACAUUUCAAAUUCUCCACACAUACAGUUGACUUUAUUUUAUGCUUAAUUUCCCCCAAAGCCAGAGGCUGCAGAAAUGUGUUAUUUCAUGUAGUAACCAGUUCAUCAUUGCCUUUGUCUCUGUGCGGUGUGGAAACCAGUGUGACACUGCUCUCCUGUCCUCCUUCUGUUUCUCAUCAAUCUGAACAUUUAUUAAAUGACACUACUGUAACUAAUAAGCCAACCACCUACAAUGACCCAUAUACAGUAAGAAUUUCCAACAGUCUUGCAGCAAUUUCUAAAAAUCAGUAAAAAUAAAAAAAGGUAUAUUUGUCACAUCUACUAUGCAUUUUCUGUCUGGAUCAAGAUACAAGCGAGCCACAAGUAGACAGCCAUUUAGAGCAACUGACUCAGUGCAGGAAGUUCAUCACUGGAUGGAGGGUACUCAGGACAAGUGUGUUAUGGCAACCUGUGCUUGCAUCAGGUAUCCUUAUGGGUGACCAUGAUACUGUAGGUUACAGUAGAUCAGGUGAUUGCACUUUGAAUGACAUGAAAUGGUGCUUGUUGGUCACUCUUAAAACACUUAAACACAAACAACUCAGACAGAACAAGCCCUGGACACAGAAGUAUAUUUUACAUGAAGCAGUACUGUGAAAUUUGCUUUCUGUGGUGUGUACAUACAGUGUGUCUUGUAUUGAAUAUUUGAAAAUGAACAGUCAUCACAAAAAGAGGGGUUCUUGCUCACAGUGAUUCCCUGUUGAAGAGCCUUACAUACAUUCCUUUGACAUUGCAUAAAAGAAAUGAGAUCUUUGUAAGUCUGAUAGUCGGCUUUUAUUCCUGUCAUUGAUGGACAUAAAUGUUUAUAAAAUGCUUUCAUUUUAGCCAUAACCAGUCACCCAGGUGAAUUCAUAUGUUGAAUUAUUUUUUUUUCUUAUUAGACCAGUGAAAUGUGUAUUGCUUCCCCUUUUGUCUGAGUUUGAAGAUGUUACUGUCUCCAACUGAAAUAUCUAAACUAUCAAAUCAGUAUGUCCCAUCUUGUGUAAAUAAAUUUAAGUGGUC